AUGGCAUCUCGUGAAGCUUCCCCCUUGUCGUCCAUCGGCACUGCCGACGACUCAGAUCGCGACUCCGUUAAGCACGAGAGCCGCCCUCAAUCGCCGUCAGCUUCGAAUAUGCCCCCAUCAAAGCGCCGUCGUACAGGGGUAGCUUCCUGGGACCGCCACACCCCCAUGUCGUCUCUCCAAGACGAGAUCCCACCUCCACCCUCACCAACAGCCUCCAUCUCCUCCGACACCUCCGGCGACCUCCCGAACUCCCCUCUCCUCUUUGGUGCUGCGCUGGGCGGCAACACCCAAGAGGAUGAUUACAGCGGCCAGAGCGGCGAUCAAGUAACUGUGUGUCAGUGGGAUGGAUGCACGGCAGGUGACCUCGGCAAUAUGGAUGGCCUGGUGCAACAUAUCCAUCACGAGCAUAUCGGGACCCGGCAGAAGCGGUACUCGUGCGAGUGGAUGGAUUGCUCCCGUAAAGGUCAAACGCAUGCCAGCGCAUAUGCCUUACGUGCGCAUAUGAGGAGCCAUACUCGAGAGAAACCUUUCUACUGCACCCUCCCUGAGUGUGAUCGUAAUUUCACCCGCUCGGAUGCCCUCACAAAGCACAUGCGCUCUGUGCACGAACUCGACAAUCUGCGCCCGACCGAGGUCAAGGCCGCGGCCGUUGGCAGCAUGACCGGUACCCCAGCCUCGAAGCUCCAACGAAUUCGCCUCAAGCUCUCCCAGCCUGCAAGAGAGCCUGGCAGCGAAACAGAGCACCUCAAUGAGCCUGUAUUGACGACCAUCACCGCACACGAUGACACAGAGGAGACAAGCAUUCCAGAAUUCGGGCCAGAGCUCGGCUUUGAUGACCGCGAGGUCACCAUGGCCCCACGCGAUCUAUACCGGCUCCUCCGCCGCCAGAUAUUCUGGGCAGAAAAAGAGACCGCACAGCUCAAAUCUGAAUGGGUCGAGCUUCGACCAAAGCGUGAGCAAGCCUGGCUGGAGAAGGAUGCUGUAUUUGACGAUGUGAUCGAAGCUGAGCUGCGGCUCUUCAGCGCUCUUGUUGGCGAUAUCGGCGCUCCUCCAACGGCGCCAGGAAAGCUGGCUACUAGUUUGGAAAAGCUCCAGCACCAGCAAUUGCAUUUCAAGCAACAGCAGGAGCAAUUACAGGCCAAGUCGGCGGAGAACGCCGAAGGUGAGGCCGAUGCUGCGGCCUAA